GUUGCUGACAAUGACUGCUGACAGGUGGAUCGUCCUUUUAGCCCUGUGCUUUAUUUGUGUGUCUUCAAAUGAGCCUUAUUUUGAGAACUCUUGUGAGCAGCAUUCCAAUGUUUGUGAGACACACACACUCAGCGCUCCGCUUGGCUCCUCUGUGCUCCUGCCAUGCAACUUUGCAACAAUUCAACGCAACUUGGUGUCCUGGGUCCACACUCUUAAGGGGAAUCUGGUCCAUAUCAAAUCUGAAGGUCGUAUUAAGUUCCUGGACCACAGGCAUGGUCGGGUGAGAGUCUUUCCUAACCAGGGCUCAGAGGGAAACUACUCCAUCUUCAUCGAUGGACUUAACAACUCUGACCUCGGGUGUUAUCGCUGUAACCAUAAAUAUGACUGUCUUCAAGUGAACGUGGUUGCUGAAAGAGAUGCUCUGAGUGAAGAGAUGAGGCUACUGAUUUUCAUCUGUGUUGGCGUGGCUGCUUUGAUCCUGCUGAGCGUCGGUGGCUACUGCUGCACCAAGUGCAAAUUGUGCUGCAAUAACAGAAAGCAGGAUAAUCCUGAAGGUGCAGGUACUGAGAGUGCCAGUGCUCCACCCGCGGAAACAGGCAGAGCACCAGUAGAGCAACAGCACAGAGUGUUUCCUUUUCCUACAGGAGCAGGCAAUGAUCAACUUGUUUAUGAAAAUGAUGACCAAGGCCCAUCCAACCAGCAGGAUGACCCCAUCAGAAAUUAUUGCAGUCCAGUAUCAGAAGUUCUGCCUGAUCCGCAAGGGGCUCAACCCAUUCAAAGUGCCAGUGGGAUUUAUCCAAACUUGAACCAGUUUGAGAGGAUGGAAAGUCAGAAAAAGAAACAGAGAUUUCAUCAAGAACUCUUCAGCAGAAUACGGCAAGCAAGUCUCAGUCGGCAUUAUUACGCUAACCAAAGUGAAAUCAGCCAGCAACAAGCCAUGGCAACUCAGGCAAAGAAUCAUCGCAAAGGUCUGGGGAAGAAGAAAGCCAAAGAAAAUGCUGAAUACAAAAACCCGAUUUACAACAGGAGCACAGACCAGCUCAACCGCCUAUAGAGUAAAGGAGAAUUUAAACAGCUGUUGAGAUAUUUUCAGUAUCAACAUCCUUUCCAAUGACAGUUAUUGAUUUUUCAA